UUAUAGAAACCUAUGCAAAUGUAUGUCCCGUGAGUAUAUAUUUCACAUCUCAUCCAUGCGAACGAUGUAAUUACAGUGUGACCAACCACGUAAAUAUCUCUGAAAACUUUUUUAAAAAGGAUGCAGAAAACCGCGAAGAUGAUUCAGCACAACAGAUGAAAUUUCUGAUGGACGCAACAAUAUCACCAAUUUCUGUCUCAUUGCAGCCAGGACGACAUUUAAGUGUAGAUAGCAGACCAGAAACAGCAGCAUCAACUUACCAAGAUGAAGUCAGUGCUUUUACACCAGAAUUCCCCCAUCUUAUCCCAAUGGAAAAUGGUGCCUUCAAGCAGGUUUCACAUUAUGUGACAUCACCAUUUAAACAUUGGCGGCAAAGAAAGUACAAGGACCCAAGAACAGUUUAUGAUGUUGGUAGUCCAUUGAAAGACAAUAUUUUGCAUUCCAUAUCACUAUAUAAAAAUGCUAAAUAUAUACCAGAUGAAAGCACUAAACAAGGUUACACAUAUCAUUCAAGAAUAAGGCAAGGGAGGUUGCUGCCAUUGCUUGGUGCCCCUGCCGUCAAAGGCCCAAAAAUCAAUCAGUGUAUUGGAAUUACACCAUCAGGGCGAUCAAGAAGUUCCACAAAUAGACAACACACUUUGUCUAAAAAUAGCAACCAUGCUAAAAGGCAAAGUCAUACAACAAGACUUUCAAAGAAACCACAAAUGCACCAUACAUCACUCACAUCUGUCAACUCUUCAAUUCACUGACAUAAUUUUCAAUGCACUCAAAUGUCUGAAGCAAGAUGAGAGGCUUGUUGAGUGAUUAUUUUGCAGAAUGAAAGGAAUAUUUUUAUAUGCAUUACAAAUGAGAUGAAAGAAGGCAGAUAAUGUGUGCACAAGUAACACUAAUUGAAUGAUUUGUAAUGUUGCCGCGAAAAAAUAACAAUUCCAUACUAACUGAGUAGUUGUACGUAGAAGAUUCUGAGGCAAAAAGGUUCUUAUUGUUUUAGUAAACAGUUUUGCUUUAUAAAAAUAUUUGGCAUAAACUAGCAAUGUACAGUAUAUCUAUGAACAUGAACAU